AUGGACGAGUUCAGCUUGGUCCUCAACUCCAGUGAAGCUCAUAUUGCCGUUGUCACUGAAACAUGGUUUUCCGAAGAUCUGCCGACAGAAGCCACGUCUAUCGAGGGAUACAACGUGUUCCCUAGGGACCGUCCUAACAAGAAAGGCGGAGGGGUGGCCGUUUAUCCUCUCAACCCUGUUCCGGCGCGCUUGGAGUGUUUAUGGAUUCAACUGCGACCGCAUUGGCUUCCUCGAUCCGUGUCGUCCAUCGCACUCUGUGCCAUUUACCACCCUCCAAACUCCACUCGUGACGACGCUCUUCUGGAUUUCCUGUCGGAUUCCAUUGACGACGUCCGCAGACAGUACCCAGGCGUCGUUGUUGUUGUCAUUGGCGACAUUAAUCGUCUGGAUGUAAGUGCCAUCUGCUCUGAACACUCCUUGAAGCCCGUAGUAACUGUUCCUACUCGAGAAAAUGCCAUCCUAGACCAAGUCCUCGCCAGCGAUGCCCUUGCACAAUGCUACCAACCGCCAACAGCGGACCCUUCCGUUGACGCCAGUGAUCACAACGUCGUGAUCUGGCCCAGUAAGUCACGUUAUUCUAUGCAGAACAAGAUUGUCAAGAAGAUCGUCAGGCCCUUACGACAGUCGGACUUACGGUCGUUUGGAGGGUGGAUCACUGAGCACCACUGGGGAGAGGUUUAUAGCGCGGUCAGUGCAACGGACAAGUGUUUAGCCUUCUAUUCCACACUGUGCAGUGCGAUGGAGAAAUACUUUCCACCGAAAGUUGUCCGCCUACAUGAAAGAGAAAAGCCGUGGAUGACACCAGGACUGAAAGCCCUGAUCCUGCUCCGCCAAAAAGCCUUCAAGGAACGUUACCUUCCAGAACUGAAACGUCUUCGCAAAAAGAUCAUCCACACUAUCCAGCUGCUGAAGACCUUCUACCAGCAAAAUAUUAAAGCUGUAGACGUGGCAAACGCCAUCAACACUCACCUCGCUGCGGCGUCACAGAAGCACGCGCCACUUCGAAUUGAGGACCUGCCAGCGUAUCUUCCUUCACCUGCCCCACCUCCGACAGUCUCAGUCUGGGACAUGUGGAACAGACUAAGGAAUGUUAAGAUUGGCAAAGCUACUGGCCCUGACGGCAUCUCGCCAAGGAUUAUUAGGGAAUUCUCCUUUGAACUGUCCCAGCCUUUAUGUGACAUAUUGAACACCUCCCUGUGUCAAGGUGAAGUACCGGAUAUGUUCAAGGACGCUGAUGUUGUACCCAUUCCAAAGGAGAUGCCACCGCGACUAGAGAAGUUAAGACCCAUCUCUCUAACACCUAUCUUUGCCAAAGUGUGUGAAGGAAUCGUUCGUGACUGGUGCAUGCAGGAUAUCCCUCCUAACUUGGACCCUCGACUGUUCGGUUCUCUCCAUGGUUGCUCAACAGUACAUUACCUGACGCGUCUUGUACACAACAUCCUUGAGGCAUCAGACAAACCAGGCUACGUGACAACACUUGUUCUCACGGACUUUUCCCGAGCAUUUGAUUAUGUUCACCACCAUACCGCCAUUUGCAAGCUACUUGACCUUGGUGUCCGCCCGUCCAUCGUACCCUGGGUGAGCAGUUUCCUGUCAGGUCGGCGCCAGCGUGUGAGGUAUCAGGGCACAGUCUCGGACUGGCAAACUUUGACGUGUGGUGUGCCUCAGGGAACGAAGUUAGGACCACUACUUUUAUUAGCCCUGGUUAAUGACGCCCUCCCAAGUCACGAAACGUCUUCAGAUGGUUUUAAGUAUGUCGAUUACAUGUCUGUUUCCGAAUCACGACAUGUGUCUGCAACACCAAGGAUUCAGGACGACAUCAAUGGCCCGGCACGUUGGACUGAUACCAACUUCAUGGCCCUGAACCCGUCUAAGUGCAUGGUGAUGGUGUUUUGCUUCAUGAGAAAUCCUCCAUCACCGCCAGCAAUCACUGUUGGGCCAACCCAACUACAGGUUGUCCAGGCAGCACGUAUCCUGGGACUUAUCCUCCAGAACAACCUCAAAUGGACUCAACAUGGACUUGGCCCAGGGGGACGCUUCUGUUAA